UCACCUGGCUGGUGUGUAAAUACUGUCAGUAUGUCUUUGUCAUUGGCGGCCUGCGAGAGGAGCAAUGCUGCGAUGGUGGCGGCUUUGUUGAACCACGGUGCAGAGGUGAACACUCACUGUAUCCAAGGUUGGACCGCCCUGCAGGAAGCAGUGUGUCGAAACAAUGUGGAGAUUUGUGAGAUGCUGCUGAAGGCCGGGGCCAAACACAACCUCACCAACAUGUAUGGCAUUGCACCGCUGUUCACCGCAGCUCAGAGCGGGCAGGUCGCCACGCUGCGCUUCCUGCUCAAACACGGUGCAGACAUUAACAGUCAGGCUGGAGAUGGAGCCACCGCUCUGUAUGAAGCUGCUAAAAAUGGACAUGAAGAAAUCGUGGAGCUUCUACUCUCUCAGAACGCUGACGCCAACAAACCUGGAAAGACCGGGUUAUUACCACUUCAUAUCGCCGCCCAGAGAGGAAGUGACACCACGGUCUCCAUGUUGAUCCCAGCCACCAGUAAGGCCAGAGUCCGGCGGACCGGCAUCAGCCCACUCCACCUUGCUGCUGAGCGUAAUCGUGACACUGUCCUGGAGACUCUGAUUGAGGCGGGCUUCGAUGUAAACGCUCAGCUGUCUGAAGAACGAUCAAAGCUGUACGAGGACCGCCGCAGCACGCCGCUCUACUUUGCUGUCAUCAACAACAACAUCGAUGCGGUGCGCAUGCUCCUGGCAGCUGGUGCUGACCCAAACCUGGAUGUGUUCAGGCCGCUGAUGGUGGCAGCGAGGCUGGGCUGCAUCCAGACCGUGACCCUGCUGGUGGAGCACGGAGCUGACAUCAACGCUUGCAUCCCCACACACCCCACCACCUUCCCUGCCAUCUACAUGUUCUCCAUGAAGUACCUGCCCAUGUUCAAGUACCUGCUGGACCAUGGAGGCCAUGCCCUGCCCUGCUUCGACUGUGUCUACGGCAGCCGAACCCAUCCACCCCUCAAAACCACCCACCCAGAGAGGGACAACCUCCGCUACACCGACAGACGCCUGUCAGACACGCAGCAAAUGAGUAGUGUUCAGUUCUGUGAGAUGAUAUCAGCCCCCAGCAUCUGUCGGUGGGCUGGGCCAAUCAUUGACAUCCUAUUGGACUACGUUGGUCACGUGACUCUCUGCUCCAGACUCAUGGAACACCUGGAUAGUUACUCCGGCUGGAGCGCAAUCAAGGACAAAGCAG